AUGGCUAAAUGGAUUGAGUGUAUUUCAGUUCAUUCGAAGUGCACCACUGUCGAUUUUGACGAGUACAUGCGCUCAGGGUUACUUCGUGGUGGUUACAGGAAUGAGAAAAUGUGCUUCAUCAUGGAUGAGUCAAACAUACUGGAUGCUGGGUUUCUUGAAACGCUAAACACGUUUUGGCCAAUAGAGAAUUUUCUGUUCGAAUUUCUCUUUAACCUUUCUUCCUUUGUAAUAGCAAUAAGUAUUCUCCUCUGGAGGUGCCUGGUUUAUUCGAGUAUGGAGAACAUACUACUCUUACAACGGAACCCUGAGAAAGUGCCCAGCGUAAUGAGAAAUCUAGACGUGGUGUUUACAAUGAACCCGUCUGGUAGUAAUCUUUGCGAACACGCUUCUACCUCAUCGGCUCCCUUUAAUCGCUGUGUUGCAUCAGAGCUUACGGCGACUAUCAAUAUGGACCGUAAGGAUUAUGAGCCACGUUUUGCGCUGCCAAAAGUGUUUGAUCUCAUGCCUAGCCCACCGGCUUAUCGUUAUGCUGUCAUUAACAAACUAGUGUACGUUCAUAAAUCCGUCCAAAAGCUUAACGAACAGGAGCAAAACCGUGGACACAAAGUCAUGGUGGUAAUGUCUCGUCACUUUCUUGACUUGGUCAGGCAUUUUACGAAUCUGUUUUACGAAGAACGACAGGAGCUAGGAGAGGGGAAGACAUCUGAAAUCAACAACAGCAUUCCAGGCCCACCUAUUGCUCUCAAUGAGAUACGCGAAACUGAGGAAUAA